AUGAGCGUUCCCACCAUAUCGUCCUGGACCACCAGCUCGUGGCCUACCAAAACGGUCUUGAAAUCCAUAAACCCCACCCACACCGCAGGCUUGAUGCAAACCUACUCCUCGGUGAUGGCAAAGGCCAAAACCGUCACCGACAUGGCCGACUUGUACUCUUUAUCGGAGGUGGUCCGUGGUGCUGAAGCGUCCAUGACCAUUCUCAGUGCCCAGGAGGCUGAGGCUUCCAGGGCCAUAUUUGAGCUGACAGUCAACUUGAAGAACUUGGCCGAUGAACAGAACGUGUAUGACUUUCCUUUGAGUUAUCCAGCCAACAUCAUCUACUUUGUCUUGUACACAUUAAUUUUUCUUUAUAUCACGGCCAUGUUGGUCAAGUCUCGAUACCACUGGUUCAACAUCACUUUCUGGUGUGGCUACGCUUUGGAGUUUGCUGGGUUCCUUGGCAGAAUCUUGUCGUUCUCCGACAACACCAACGGGGACUAUUUUCUCCUCCAGUAUGUGACACUCACCAUCGCUCCUGCAUUCAUUAUGGCUGGGAUCUACUUCCUUUUUGCCCAGUUGGUGGUGAUCCACGGCCGCAAGUACUCGGUGCUCAAGCCCAUGUGGUACUCGUACUUUUUCAUUGCCAGUGACGUGCUCUCGCUCUUGGUUCAGGCCAUUGGCGGGGGUAUGGCCUCAGCUGCUUCCAACGACCACAGAGAUACCAAGCCUGGCACUGACGUCAUGAUCGUGGGGAUCUGUAUCCAGGUGGUUGCCAUGACCAUCUUCCUUGUGUUCUGGUUCGAGUUCUUGAACAGGCUCUUCUUCAAGCACGCCAAAGAAGUGCGCACCACCUAUCAGUCCAAGUAUGCUAAGCGGACGUUGGCCAACUUCUUUAGAUUUUUGUUCAACACCAAAGGAGCCCACGCCUAUAAGCAGACGCACUUGGACCAGUACUAUAACGCCAAGUUUGCGGAUGUCCGCCAGCGUCGCUUGGUGCCAUAUUUUCCCUUGGCCCUCACAGUUUCGGUUGUGAUCGUGUACAUCAGGUGUGUGUAUCGUGUGGUGGAGUUGGCCCAGGGGUUUGACGGGUACUUGGUGACACACGAGGUGUACUUGAUGGUGUUGGACGCGUUGUUCAUCACGGUGACGGGUCUCAUAUUCAUUCCGUUCCACCCUGUGAUUGUGUUUUGCGUCGAGAACAAGAUCAAGGUGGCUACAAUCAAGCAGAACUUGGACGAGAAGACCGAGGACGACGAGCAGUUGGUGGGUGCUACUGAGAACGUCGGUUCGACUGCCUCGGUGGCCUCCACCGACACCCCUGCCUCCAAGGAGCGGUAG